AAGCAUUCGUCUUGGUGUUGUAUAUUAAUAUGAAUACAACUUUGACGUUAAUAUUUCAAUAUGGAUAUGGCUGGAGGCAUUUAUAGAGAGGGUUUAGGCCUUUUAAGUCCUUUGGAUUUUAGGACAUCUGUCCGUUCACCAUCCUUAGCCUCGCUUGGCCUUAUAUAAGUCGAUGAGAUCAGUUGUAAACUAUACUGUGAUGCAAAAGGAGUCGUUUGGCUAUAGAAAACAAACGUUUCUGUUUGGUCUAAGAACAUUCGAAAACAUAGGGGAAUCAAGAAUGUCAGCUAUAUCAUCGGUGUUGCUCCUUGUUGUCCUCUAUCUCCAAUCAGAGGUUCAUUCGUUGGCCACCCCUUCUAAUCAUGAUUUUAGCUACUUGAAAUUCAUACGCAAUGCCACUGAUUUUCCAUUGGAAGAUGAAUAUGACUACGUCAUAGUCGGAGGGGGCACAUCAGGGUGUCCAUUGGCAGCAACUUUAUCAGCAAACUACUCAGUGCUCGUUCUUGAAAGGGGAAGUCUUCCUACAUCAUAUCCGAACGUCUUGACCCAAGACGGAUUUGCAUAUAAUCUCCAACAAGAAGAUGAUGGAACAACGCCGGUCCAAAGGAUCAUGUCUGAAGAUGGUAUUCCUACUGUAAGAGGCAGGCUCCUCGGUGGCACGAGCAUGAUCAGCGCUGGACUAUACGCCAGAGCUAACAUAUCAUUUUAUAAUCAAUCAGGAAUUGAAUGGGACAUGGAAUUGGUUAAUAAUACGUACGAGUGGGUUGAGGACACUAUUGUAUACAAGCCAAAUUCAUUCCCGUGGCAAUCUGUUAUACGAGAAGCAUUUUUGGAGGCUGGUGGAUAUGAUCCGGACAACGGAUUCAGUCUAGAUCACAUAAAAGGAACUAGAGUCACCGGUUCAACUUUUGACAAUAAUGGAACGAGACAUGGAGCUGAUGAGCUGCUUAAUAAAGGAAACCCUAACAACUUGCGCGUUGCAGUUCAUGCUACAGUAGACAAGAUCAUCUUCUCUUCCAAUGAAUCAGGUUUGUCAGCUACAGGAGUCAUAUAUAGUGAUUCUAACGGGACAUCUCAUCGGGUAUUUGCAAACGCAGAAGUUAUAUUGAGUGCAGGAACACUUGGGACUCCUCAACUUCUACUACUAAGUGGCAUUGGCCCAGAAUCUUAUCUAUCAUCUUUGAAUAUCACAGUUGUUCGUGAUCAUCCUUUCGUUGGGCAGUUUGUUUAUGACAAUCCUCGUAAUUUCAUUAACAUUUUGCCUCCAAAUCCAAUAGAAGCCUCAAUUGUUACGGUUCUAGGCAUUACAGAUUAUUUCUACCAAUGUUCUCUCUCGAGCUUGCCACUUACUACUCCAGCCUACAGCCUUUUCCCCACUCCGUUGGUUGUAAAUUCAACUUUCGCCCACAUUCCUAGCAAAAUUCCAGGACCUUUGUCUCAUGGUUCUCUCACGUUGAAUUCAUCCUCUGAUGUGAGAGUCGGUCCAAAUGUCAGAUUCAACUACUUCUCAGAUCCGAUGGACCUUGCUCAUUGUGUUAGCGCCAUGAAAAAGAUGGGUGAUUUAUUAAUGACAGAUGCAUUAAAACCAUAUAAAGCCCGAGAUUUGCCGGGCAUAGAAGGUUUCAACUUUUUGGGACAACCAUUGCCAAAGAACCAAACAGAUGAUGCAUCCUUCGAAACAUUUUGUCGAGAUACAGUAGCCUCGUAUUGGCAUUACCACGGUGGAUGCCUUGUCGGGAAGGUGGUUGACGGCAGUUUCCACCUUAACGGGAUCUACGGAUUACGCGUUGCUGAUGCCACCCUAUUUCCUGCUGCACCAGCAAGCCACCCUCAGGGAUUCUAUUUGAUGUUAGGAAGGUACGUGGGACUUCAAAUUCUGAAAGAAAGGUCAACUUGGGGAAUAUUGUUGGAAAAAUAGGAUCUAAUUGCUAUAUUAAAUCACAU